CUCUCUCUUCUUCUUCUUUUUUAUAUAUAUUCUUUUUAUUUUUAUUUUCUGUUGUAUAUAUAUAUAAACUAUGACAACAACACUACCCGAGAACGAUGGCACGAAUGCAUCAUGGUUAAAACAGCGUUCUUCGUUAUUCAAUAAUAAUAGCAGUAAACCCACCAAAGUCGUGGAUAAAGAAUUAGCACGAUUAAAAAAUAUGGGUGUUUCUUCUGUCUGGUCAAAUAAAUUUGUAAAACAAGAUACAGGAGGUACAGUUAGCCCUCGUCUACGUCGCUCACUUACUUCCCCCGUAUCACCCAAAUCUCCCGUCUUUAAUACAGCAGGUCGUACUCGUACUUUAUCCGCUGCAUCCUCAAAGACAGACGACGACAGUAGUAAUCCUUUAGGUUAUCUCUCCAAAGCUUCCGUCUCAAGUCUCGACUUGAACGAUUCAAAUACCAAUCUUCAUCGUCUAUCUUCUGCAAGAUCAUCACUCACUUCCUUUUCUAGUCGUCCCACUUCACCCUCGAUUGAACCACGACGCAAAUCUUCCACCACUACAUCUACUAUUACAUCAGCUACUGCACCCACUACUGCACCCGCUGCUGCACCCACUACUACACCCAUCACUGCACCCACUACUACACCCAUCACUGCACCCACCACCGCAGUAUCAUCACCAGCACCAACACCAUCAUCAGCAGUUAUCAACACUCCUGCAAAAACUGUCACAAGUAUCGAUGAAGCCGCCUCUCUUUGGUUCCAAUGUGAGACCUUGAAAACGCAAAACGCUCAAAGUAAUGCGCGUCUCACAAAAGCCAACCAAGACAUUGAUUUCUAUAAGCGUCAGUUGGAACAAACCGGCGAGUUGGCUCGUCAAGCUACCCACCUUCAGCAAAAGAAAGAGGAGGAAGAAGUGGUUACCGAAAAGGUGGUUGUACCUGAUAAUAUCGAUGAAGCUGCCUCUCUUUGGUUCCAAUGUGAGACCCUCAAGACACAAUUUGCUCAAAAUAAUGCUAAAUUAAACAAGGCCAAUGAGGAUAUUCAGUUCUUUAAACGUCAGUUGGAACAAACUGGAGAGUUGGCACGUCAAACUGUUGCAGUCGAAACUGUUGCUCCUGCUGCUCCUGCUGCUGCCGUGGUCACUCCUCCUACUAAAGAUGUGGAUGAAGCUGCUUCUCUUUGGUUCCAGUGCGAGACGCUCAAGACACAGUUUGCUCAGAAUAAUGCCAAAUUAAACAAGGCGAAUGAAGAUAUCGAAUUCUACAAACGUCAGUUAGAACAAACUGGAGAGUUGGCACGUAAAGCUACCGAAGUGACAGGAGAAUUAGCACGCGAAGCAGCUGCCAAGGAAAGUAAAGCCGAGGAAACCAAGGCCAAUGAAGCGGCUUCUUUAUGGUUUCAAUGUGAGACACUCAAGACGCAAUUUGCACAGAGUAAUGCUAAAUUAAAUAAGGCGAAUGAAGAUAUCGAAUUUUACAAGCGCCAAUUAGAGCAUAACGGGGAGCUUGCACGUCAGGGAGCAGCAGCGGUAGCCGAGGACAAGGAACGUGAAAGUCUGCGUGUGAGACAAUUAGCGGAAUUGAUUGUGAAGCAAGAUAAACUAUUGGGCGAGUACGAAGUGCAUUUGGACGAUCUGACUCGCAUCACCAAUGAAUCUGUCUAUGUAGGGGAAACCCAGGCGGAAAUGGACAAGUUGCGACAAGAAGUCUCGGCCCUGAACAAGCAAAAGCUCAUGAUGGAGGGUUCGAUUGCCGCUUUACGUGCGGAAUUAGAAAUGAGUCAAAGUCAGAUGCGAUUGAUGAUGCUUGUCUCCACCGAAAUUCAAAACGAGUUUGAUCUUUACAAGGAAAAGAUUCAGACGGAUAUCAAACGUUUAUUGUUAAAGAAGCAGGAGGAACAUGAAGCUCAAAUGAAGGAUCUGCGUCAAGGUUUGGGGCUUACACCUGAAGUGGUAGUGGAGGAUACCGCGGUUCAUCAGGAGUUGGUGGAUUCGCUUCGUCAGCAAGUAAAUACCUUAACCGAGGCUCUACAGGAGAAGGAAAAGGCACUCAUCACGAGGGAUGGAGACUUAGAAGCCAAGGAACGUGAUUUAGUAAAAGCUAAGCAAAUUCAAGAGACCACCGUCAUUGAAAUGGAAAACAGGCUCAAGAACCAAAAAAUGGCCAUGGAUGCAGAAAUGAUGAAGUUGAAUCAAACCAUUUUGGAAAAGGAUACUCUCUUGAUGGAAUUCAUGAGUAGCCGUAACAACAGUCGUGAAGUCAUUUCUGCAGCGGCUUCCAUGUCCUCCCCAACUACUACUAGCUCUGUCGUACCCGCGGCUGCAGUCACCAACACCUACUAUCACCAAAAUGAAUCCCGUCUCCAGAUCAACCAAGUGCGUGACUACAUGUUCUCAUCGUCGGAGGAUGAAGAGGAAGAAUCAGAGGUGCUCAUGAUGAGUUACAGUACCGAUGAAGAAGAACUCGCUCCUCAACAACAUUACCACCAUGUCUUGAACGCUUCCAAUAGUACACCUCAAAGUCCUGCUGAUACCAUUUCCUCUGCUAUUAGUUUCGAUUCCGAUGAAGAAGAAGAAAAGAUUGCAGAAAUUAAGCACUUUUCUUAUUCGUCAGUCCAAUCCCAAUCCACAAGACCUGUUUCGUACCUUAGUACCACAAGUUCCAUGGCGUCUGGCACAGAAGAGAUGGAGCAUGGACAACGUUCUAAUGUGAGAAAUAGUAGUCGUAGUUCCAAGGAAUUGAAGACAGCUAGCUGGCCUAUGCCACCUCCUACACCACCUCCAUCAGAACCUUUGCCUCCUGUUCCUAUGCCUGUAUCUGCCGAAAUACCUCCUCCUCGCCGUGCAAGAUCCAAGACAAUGGCGCGUGAUGAAGCACCCAACAUGUCCAUGUAUACUACCUCUGUCCAUCAAGAUAACCAAUUACCUCGUAUCAUGCCUAUCGAAAGAGAAGCACCCAUUGCUCCACCUCGUCCCAAGAAUCUGGGCACAUUGGAUACCAAGCAACAUACCAAAUGGAUGGAUGAUCCCGAAAGUGAAGAAGAUGAGUUAUGGUGUGAAGCAAAUGCAACUCCUAAACAAACAACUGCUGAAUGGUAA